GAACUUUUAGAGCAUUGCAAAACCAGAACUCCAGCAUCAGCAGUUGCAAGAGGAAACAGACGUUUCAAUGCUUUGUUUCGGUCCCAAAUAUCUUAACGUCUCUCUGUGAUGUUUUACAAGACCAGAAAGACCACAUUCUCUGUUUUGACAAUCACAGAAUUUUUGUCAGUGAGCAAGCAAGACAAAGUAAAUUCAAAGACAUGAAGUCAGCAGUUGCAAAAUCAGUGUAUGUCUAAACCAGUGAGUCCGUGUAUUUGUAAACUGGGUUAUUUCCAGGUUCCAAACAGUGAUUGGCAUAACUGGAUUUAUAUAUUUUUUUAAAUAAAAAAAACAACCAACUUACCACAUGGUUUGCCUGAGGCUAAAGCCAGUAGGCUCGCGAUUAUGACCAAGGACAGCAUUCUGGGCAACCUAUUUGAUAACAAACAGUGGAAAUAAAUCAAUAUAUUCGUUAAAGUAACAACACAAACUGUAAAAUUGAGGGAUCAAGAAACCUCUUAGAAUUACAGCUUUAAGGUAUUUGAAAAAGAAAGGCACGUACAGAGAUGUCAAACAAUAUCUACAAAUAAUUGCAAUAUACCAAUGGAUUACACAUAAGUCUAUUAUUAUUAUAUCGUAUCUCUAACUUUAUCACAGCAGCUUAGUCAUUAGCUGCGGUAAACAUCAUUGUCUUACCUGCUCAGAGAGUAACUCCGGUGUGAAGAACUAGAGCUGAGUAGGUAUGAAGACCAGCGGUAGAGACAACAACUUCUAGCGUCUCACUGUCACAUGACUCGUCAUUUGAGAUGACAAAGCGAUGAAACAAGCGAGAGGGUCCACGAGCUAUUGGCUGGGUCAGAAACAGGAAGUGGGGACAACUUUCUUGCCAAUCGCAUACUCUUUGGUAAUAGGAGCACACAAAGCAAGAGGCAGGUGUCUAUCUUGCUUCACACAUGUCUUCUGGAAUGAAAGCUGACCUCGUCAGCCUAAGUAGCAACAACCGCUGCUAACGCUUCAACAAAACCGUUAACUUUGCUUCUGAAUCUGACCGAGUGUUCAACACAAACGUUGUCGUAGCCAAGUCGUUUGUCUUCAGGAACGUUAACUACAAUUCCCACAAUUCACCUGACGUAACAUACGCACUUUCUAAAACCUUGACGACUCUUCUGGCGCGACGCGUAACUCACUUUGUUAGUAAACUAGCUAGCUGAGUUAAGUGUAACCCAGCCUACCAUUCAAACAGUUCACACUACAGGACCUUUAAUGCAGGUGGUGUUAGUAUUAAGUUAGUAAGGCUUGCGCAUGCCGACGCUGUUGCUGUGUGCUAAUGGGAUUAUUCCAAAGGAAAACAAUGUGAACUGACGGAGACUAGCUAACGCUGAACAUCCACAACAAAAACACGAAGGGGCAGGGCAGCUGCACAGAUCAGAUAGAUUUAUGUACCCGUGUGUCUCUUCACAUCAUUUCACCGACUGGAUCAUCAUGCAUCAUCCUGCUCCCACAAGCAGUGAACUGGGGUUUCUGCCAGCCAUGUAUUCAUUUUCAGGCCCCACAAGCCUUCCUGAAUUUGACCUCGGAUCUCCAAGUACGUCUGGUCACCUACAGAGAGCAACUCUAUCAAACAACAGCUGGGAGACGAGGUCCCUCAGGAAGCACAGGAGGAGAGUUGAAGAUGAGGGAUGCACUGCUAAAAGGAGAAGGUUGAUGUUCGAGGCAGAAGUGGACGUUCCAGAGAACUCAAACACUCGCCCUCGUCAUGACUGGCCUCCGGCUGACAGCUGCCCUCCUGCGCCUGCACAGCCGCAGCCCUGUCCCGCAUCUCAGAGCUCGACUUUGCCGCAGCCCUCCUCUGCGCUUCCCCGCUCUGAGGUAGAGAGCUCCUGCAUGGAGAUAGAGGCAGCUCAGAGGAAACUGCAGGAGAUCGAAGACAGAAUAACACUGGAGGAUGAUGAUGAGGAUGAAGACCUGGAUUUAGAGCCAGCCCCGAGACGGCCGGUGUUGGUGAUGUCCGACAGUUUGAAGGAGGGUCUGCAGCGCGGCAUCAGCGACAUCCUACCGCACACAGUAGCCCAGUCUGUGAGCCAUUCCUGUAUGGAGUUGGUGUUGUGGCGGCCACCGGACGAUCCCUUCUGUCGCAAGCGAAAGGGCUCUUUACAAAAACAGCGUAAACAACAGACAGUUUCUCGGCAACCCCCAACUCCAUGCUCAUCUCCCACCCCUCACAUUCCCCUCAGCCCCUCCAGUCCACCUGCAGACACACGGUCUUCUCGCUACAUCUUUCCUGUGGCCCACAGCUCUGGGGAGGAGGACAUGGAAAUGUGAUGGUGCUCGAUGACUUGAAAAGCCAUGCCAAAGUAAAAGACUUGAAAUGUAGUCGCACAAAAGACUCUAAAGGACUCGGAACCACAUGAAGUUGGUCAGUUUGGCAAGGCAUGUCGGCUUAACAUAAGUAUUGUGCUGUUUUGGACAGUUUGUGCAAAAAAUGUUCUGCCUCACAGUCGCACAGUUUAGUUUUUUUGACCAUAAUCCCAUUCAACUAUAUGUAACAACAAUGUUUAGCUAAUUAUUCAGCUUUAUUCAUGUAAAUCUUCAAGACAACUGUCAUGAUCUCAAGAUCUUGACAAGUUCUAUAGACGGCCUUAAAUAAUCAAUUUUAUACCAAUUUACAGGAUUUACCCGUGUCCUUCGAUAUUAGAUCAUUUGUACAUUCUUUUGCCAAAGCCUGGCCAACAACACACGGAUGUACUGUAAAUAUGAAUUUCUUCGUUAAACAUCAGUGUGCAGCAUCUGAA